CACCAACUCAAACCUCAGCCUUCACAAAGCCAAAUGCUGUCACCAGUCUCACUGUGUCUAACAAAACUACAUCAUCUCUGUCUCUAACCUGGAAUGAGCCACCUGGGAACAGGUCGUACUUUACAGUAAAUUGGACUGGUGGCAGUGUGAAUAACAGCAGUAACACUUCAAGCACGUCUUACACUGUCACUGGUCUGACUGCUGGAGUGAACUACACAUUCACUGUUACUGCAGUUGCUGCAGAUUCACAAACUGCAGGAGCACCAAAUCAAAUCUCAGCAUUCACAAGUAAUUCCUGUAAUACUGUUAACAUGUUUAUUUAUUUUUAUGUAUAUAUUGAGGUGCAGCAAACUUUAUAUGUUCACAAAACUAAUUUGUAUAGACAUCCUUGUCAGUAUUUGCAUUAAGUUUCCACAUACUUGUACAACAUCAUUAAUGUGAAUCAGCAUACUAUGGAGAGAGCAUGAGAGCAACUCUCUCUGUGCGAUGUGCAUUCAAAAUAACAGCGUUGCUUAAGCUUAAGAAUUACUGGAUGAUGAUAUCUGCAAUUGUCUGAAUAUUUUUUUAUAUUACGUGACCGUCAUCAUCGCUCUACAUGAGAAUGAUAAAUCGGAAGGUCACAACGUAAAAGCAGAAUGCUAAGGCACCUGCAUCUCUUUUUAAGUUCUGACCUGUCUCUUAAAGCUGUUAAACAAGAAAAAAAAAUACAGCAUGGGUAUUCAUGGACCAAAAUGUUAGAGUGUCAAUUGGAUUGGAGCCAUGACAGAAUUACUUUUAAUGUAGCAACAUUAAAUACUUUUAUUUUCUUCUGGAGUAAAUUACAUCUUCAUAAUAUAUGAUGUUUCAGCAGAUAAUUAAACAAAGAGAAUCAGUUGCUCUAAAAUGCUACACAAAUUUGGUUCUGUUACGCCACGGCCAGCAGAUGGCACACCGGCACGGCUUCUGACUGGUCACGUGACUCUUUUGUUUUCGUUCGCUUCCCGCUUGGACACUGAAUUAAGUUUGAUCAUGUCUCUGAUUUGCCCCAGGUGUCCAUGUUUUGAGUUAAUUAGGUUUGUUAUUUAAACCCCCCGUGUGACUGCGCCCAUCGCGCAGUAUUAUAGUUGGUAUAGUUUGUACCAAACGUCUGAUGCGGUUCCCGUUUAUGUUUGAUUACGAUAGUGAAUGCGUUAGCAUGUUAAGCGGUCUGGUUCCAUGCCCUGCUCUAGUUUCAAGCCACGAUACCAGUUUCUUGUUUUCCUGGUGAAGACCGCGUUUCCUGUGUUUAUCUACUGUUAAUAAAGACUUUGACCUGCACCUGCGUCCGCCUCCAGUCUACGUUACGUAACAGAAUACUGCGCCCAAAAUGCGGAAGCAGCAGGUAGCCAUGAGCGCCGCCGAAAAAGCCAGGAUUUGGGUGCUUUACCGUGCGUCCCUGGAGAUGAGCAAACAGCUCGAAGAGGAAAUUGCUCAGUGCAAAGCCGAGCUGCGCGCCGCGUCAUCCCUCGCGCCAUUUACCCCGUCCCCGCCGCCAAAGAGCGACGCCGUGCAACACAGCCAGCAAAGUGACCUGAGCAUCUGGGGUUUCCCACUGCAGGGGAAUUGCACCACACUGCGCAGUCCAGAGGUGAAGGCUGGCCCAGAAAUUUUUUUGGGGGGGGGGCAAUGAGGACAGCAGAGCUCCAGCCUGAGGCCUACGGGGAGGUCUCAGCUGUGGAGCUCCCACCUGAGGUCAACAUGGCGACCUCAGAGGGACAGCUUGAGGCGGCUGUGGAGGCCGUCCCGCUGCCCUGCCCGGCCGAGGAGGCAGUCCCGCUGUCCAGCCCAACAGAGGAGGCCGUCCUGUUGCCCUGCACAGCCGAGGAAGCUGUCCUGCUGUCCAGCCCAACAGAGGAGGCUGUCCCGCUGCCCUGCACAGCCGAGGAAGCUGUCCUGCUGCCCUGCCCGGCCGAGGAGGCCGCCCAGUCCUCCAGUCCCACUGGGGACGCCGCCCAGCCCUCCAGUGCCGCCGGGGGCGGCGCCCAGCGUCCCAGAGCCGCUGGGGGCGGUGCCCAGCGUUCCAGGGGCGGCACCCAGCGUCCCAGUGCCGCCGGGGGCGGCGCCCUGCAAUUCCAGAGCCGGCACCCAGCGUUCCAGAGCCGCCGGGGGCGGCACCCUGCGUUCCAGAGCCGGUGCCCAGCGUUCCAGUACCACCGGGGGCGGUGCUCUGACUUUCAACCCUGGUGGGGGUGCUGCUCCGCCCCUCUGCUGCCCGACGGAGGCUGCCUCGCUUUCCGUGGCAGCGAGAGACAGCUCGCACAGGGGCCCGGGACCCCCAUCGGAGGGGGGUUCUGUUAUGCCACGGCCAGCAGAUGGCACACCGGCACGGCUUCUGACUGGUCACGUGACUCUCUUGUUUUCGUUCGCUUCCCGCUUGGACACUGAAUUAAGUUUGAUCAUGUCUCUGAUUUGCCCCAGGUGUCCAUGUUUUGGGUUAAUUAGGUUUGUUAUUUAAACCCCCCAUGUGACUGCGCACAUCGCGCAGUAUUACAGUUGGUAUAGUUUGUACCAAACGUCUGAUGCGGUUCCCGUUUAUGUUUGAUUACGAUAGUGAAUGCGUUAGCAUGUUAAGCGGUCUGGUUCCAUGCCCUGCUCUAGUUUCAAGCCACGAUACCAGUUUCUUGUUUUCCUGGUGAAGACCGCGUUUCCUGUGUUUAUCUACUGUUAAUAAAGACUUUGACCUGCACCUGCAUCCGCCUCCAG